GUUAUGGGCAGAAAGUGAACCAAAUCAAUCUAAACCGACUUGAAUAUCGGUUUACGAUCGGUCCAAAUCUUCAAUCUGCACAAGACCGAAUCGGAGGAAACCCUUAAUACCCAGAUCUGGGCCCAUAUCUUAUGGGCCGUGCAGAAAAUAUCGUCGCGUUUUUUUCUUUUUCUUUUUACUUGGCAACCACGUACUUCUAGAACCAUCCUUAAGCAGUAGUUAACAACCAUCAUCUCCAGUAGGCAGUAGCUUCUUCUCCUUGCUAUCUAUAUUAAUCGUCUCUUCAACAGCUUUUCUCUUCGCUCAAAAGAAAAUAUCUGAUCGAGUUUCGUGGCUCUCUCUCUCUCUCUUUGAUCUUUUACACAAAUGGCGUCAUCAACGUCUCUAGCACUCAGGAGGCUUAUCUCUUCCUCCGUCGUCCCUCGCUCCGUUCGUCCGGCGGCUUCUUUGCGCCUCUUCAAUACCAACGCAGCUAGGAGCUACGAAGAGGAAGAAGAUAGGAACCAUCGCCCUAACCGGACAGUUUCUCCCCGCGGUGGCGAUUUCUUCUCAGACAUGUUUACACCAACGAGGAGCUUGAGCCAGGUGCUUAAUUUCAUGGAUCAGAUCGGCGACAGCCCUCUGCUGGCAUCAUCAGGAGCGAGACGUGGAUGGGACGUGAAAGAGAAAGACGACGGGUUGCACCUGAGGAUCGAUAUGCCGGGGCUGAGCAGAGACAGAGAGGAUGUGAAGCUGGCUCUUGAACAAAACACACUUGUGAUCAAAGGCGAAGGGAAAACAGAGGAAGGGGAUGAAGAAGAUGGACGGAAGUUUUCGAGCAGGAUAGGAUUACCUGAGAUAGUAUACAAGACGGAUGAGAUAAAGGCGGAGAUGAAGAACGGCGUGUUGAAAGUGGUUGUUCCCAAGUUGAAAGAGGAUGAGCGUUACAAUGUUCGCCACAUCCAAGUUGAUUAAGAGUUUGUGAACGUGUUUUUUUUUCAGUAAAACGACUUGUUGCCUCUCCUUUUUUUUUUUUUUUUAUAAUGUGUGAAACUUCAUUCCCAGGAUAUCAAUUUAUCAACCAUUCACCAUGACGCACCUUUGUAUAUCAAAGGAGGCAACAAAAAAGGAAGACUCGAGAGUGAAAGCUGUGUAAAUUUAUUUCUAGUACAAAGCAUGAGCUUUAGUAUGUUAAGAA